CUACAAAUUUUUAUUAUUGAUGAAAAUAUUUUUCCCUAGUUUGUGUGGAUGGGUGUGCACAGUGAAGUCAACAUUUAACAAUGAGCUUUCCAAGUCUAACCAUAACCCUCUCUUAUCUGAGCUGUGGUUACAGGUCUGAAUCGCUGGUGUAUGCACUCUACUUAAGCCGCAGUACUUCCAUGUCCUCAAUGAACUACCAGCUCUUUCCCCUGCCUCCAGGAGGUGCAUAGCUAGGCUUCCGAGGGGCAGCUGAACUACAACUUCCAUCAGGCCCUGCGCUGAAGUAAGUCCGGGGCAAUGUCCACACAGUGUCCCUGGGAGUUGUAGUUCUACAGGCCGGAAGCCCCGCCAAGCGGUGUCCCGGGUUGGUGGAGUUUGCGCGAGCGCCCGGACUACAAAUCCCAUCAUGCUUUGCGAACCGGGGCGGUAAUGGCGGCGGCGGCGCCUGCGCAUUGCGGUCUCCGUGCGGACCGCGCAGAGUGAAUAAUAAAGUCUCCUCGACGGUAGCGGCGGCGGAGGGAGCGGAAGGCAGGAACAUGUCGAAGGGCCCAGUGGCGAGCGGUCCCCCUGCGGCCGGGCCGGCGGCCCCCGCCAGCGCGCUGCAGGCGCAGCCCGAGAAACCGCAGCACUACACUUACCUGAAGGAAUUCCGCACUGAGCAGUGCCCCCUUUUUGUGCAGCACAAAUGCACUCAGCACCGGCCCUAUACUUGCUUCCAUUGGCACUUUGUCAACCAGCGUCGUCGCAGAUCUAUCCGCCGUCGGGAUGGCACCUUUAACUACAGCCCUGACAUUUACUGUACCAAAUAUGAUGAGACCACAGGAAUCUGCCCAGAAGGAGAUGAGUGUCCAUUCUUGCAUAGAACUACUGGUGACACAGAGAGGAGAUAUCAUCUGCGCUACUACAAAACUGGAAUCUGCAUCCAUGAGACUGACUCCAAAGGAAAUUGCACAAAGAACGGCCUCCACUGCGCCUUUGCUCAUGGGCCUCAUGACCUACGUUCUCCUGUUUACGACAUCAGGGAGCUUCAGGCUAUGGAGGCUUUGCAGAAUGGUCAGACCACAUCAGAGGGUGGCAUAGAGGGUCAAUCUGCAGUCGCUGCUAGCCAUGCUAUGAUAGAGAAAAUACUCAGUGAGGAGCCAAGGUGGCAAGACACAACGUACGUGUUGGGAAACUACAAAACAGAGCAAUGCAAGAAACCCCCUCGUCUCUGUCGCCAAGGUUAUGCCUGUCCCUACUACCACAACAGCAAAGAUAGAAGAAGGAGCCCAAGAAAACACAAAUACAGAUCUUCACCAUGCCCCAGUGUGAAACAUGGAGACGAGUGGGGAGACCCCAGUAAGUGUGAGAAUGGGGACACAUGCCAGUACUGCCACACUCGCACAGAGCAGCAGUUUCACCCAGAGAUCUACAAAUCCACUAAGUGCAACGACAUGCAGCAGUCUGGCAGCUGUCCUCGGGGACCCUUCUGUGCCUUUGCACAUGUAGAACAGCCUCCACUCAAUGAAGAUUUACAGCCAUCCUCAGCUGUAUCCAGCCCAACGCAAACAGGCCCUGUGAUGUAUAUGCCAUCAGCUGCUGGUGAUUCUGUUCCAGUGAGCCCUUCCAGUCCACACGCCCCGGACCUUAGCAAUGUGUGGAGUAAACCAGGAACUCUGCCAACUAGCCCCACCUCCACCACAAUUCUUUGUAGGAACAGCAGUCUCGGAAGUCCAUCUAAUAUAUGUGGGUCCCCUCCUGGUGCCAUUGGGAAACAACACAGCUUGGAGAGCAUUGGUUUUCCCACAGACUCAGUAACAGCAGCCAGCAGCUACAAGAAGGCACCAGGGUUUGAGCGGGAGGAUCAGGUGGGAGCUGAGUAUCUGAAGAGCUUCAAAUGCCAGCAGGCGAAAAUAAAAUCCCAUUCACUGGAAUACAGGACCCAGGAGCAGCCUCUGUUACAGCCCAAACAGGACAUACUGGGGAUUCUUCCAGUGGGCAGCCCUUUGACUUCCAGCAUCUCUUCCAGUAUCACCUCCAGUCUGGCAGCAACACCACCAAGCCCAGCUGGCACCAGCAGCAUCCCAGGCAUGAACGCCAAUGCCCUUCCUUUCUACCCUACCAGUGACACAGUGGAGUCUGUUAUAGAAUCUGCCUUGGAUGACCUGGACCUGAACGAAUUCGGAGUGGCUGCCCUGGAGAAGACAUUUGACAGCAGCACGGUGCCCCACACGAGUGGCAUCAUGAUAGGUGGGAGUUUGCUGCAAAGUUCUGCUCCUGUAAAUAUCCCUGGGUCCCUUGGAAGUUCCGCCUCUUUUCACUCUGCCUCUCCUUCUCCACCGGUCAGCCUAUCAUCGCAUUUCCUCCAUCAGCCCCAGGGACACUUAAGCCAAUCAGAAAACACAUUCUUGGGGACAUCAGCUUCUCAUGGAUCAUUAGGUUUAAAUGGGAUGAACAGCAGCAUAUGGGAGCACUUUGCUUCUGGGAGUUUUUCGCCCAGUACCUCACCUGCGUUUCUGUCAGGUCCAGGUGCUGCUGAGCUGACGAGACUGCGACAAGAACUGGAUGAAGCCAACAGCACAAUUAAGCAGUGGGAGGAGUCCUGGAAACAAGCCAAACAGGCAUGUGAUGCUUGGAAGAAGGAAGCAGAGGAAGCGAACGAUCGUGCCAGCACAGCCAACAUGGAAUGUGAGCUGGCCCGGGAGCAGAGGGAAGCCUUGGAGCUGCAAGUGAAGAAACUCCAGGAGGAGCUGGAGAGGAUCCAUGCUGGCCAGGACCCCCAGCUCCUGCGCUCAUUCUCUGAUCUAGAGACCCUCUCACUCUCCACACUGUACACCCUACAGAAACAGCUGCGCGCCAACCUGGAGAGAGUCGACAAGGCAGUAUUUCAGAUGCAAUCAGUGAAAUGUCUUAAGUGUCAGGAGGAGAACCGGGUGGUGUUACAGUGCCAACAUGCUGUGCUGUGUGAAAUGUGUGCCGAGGAGGGCGAAUGCCCCAUCUGCCAUCCCAACAGGCCACACACUCUCCAAUCGUGACCCUUCAAGGACACUUGGUUUCUCAUAUCACAUAGAACUUUUUAACUUUAUAUAUAUAUAUAUAUAAAAAACAAAAAUUAGUUGCAGAGCACUUUUUAAUAUUUUACAUCCCCCAUCUAAACUGCCCCUCUCCCACUCCCCACUAAUUCUAACCGUUUAGGAACUUUGACAGCUGUUUUUAAUACAGCGCAAAGGGCCAUUUGAGAAGAGUCUGUGUUUUUCCUCUUUUCUAUUUAGGAUAUAACAAAUUUUUGACUAUUUUGGGAGUUUUGGAGUUGGGGAGAGGGGCCUCCAGGUGCUUUCCAGAGUGAGGGUUGGACUCAUGGCGGAGGAAGGAGAUGAAUUCCCAUUGCUUGAUCAUGUCUUCAAACCUUUACUCUUUUACCAACCCAGCUUGUUAAAGCCAUCCCCACUGACAGAAGCCCUGUUGGGUGUCUGCUGGGUUAGAGCUUUGCUCACUCAGAUGCUUGCUGAUCUCUGAAUACACAAGAACUUUGCCUGUCCAUUUAAACAACAAAGUUCACUUUUUAGAAGUUUUUUUUACACAAUUUGUAUAUUUGUAAGAAAACAAGAAAAGGGAAAAAAUACUGAAAUUAAAGCAACUCAGGCCAGGCCAGGCCAGUGGCUAGUGUACAUUGUAGGUAUGCUUGGGGGUCCUGGGUUUGAGAGUCCUUAGAAAUACUGCCCAGACGGCAAGCUAAGGCUAAUCCAUAGAAGGAAGGUGGAACCACAGGUUCCAGCUCUCCCCCGGUGGCGUCUUGUCGAGAUGUAUUUCAGCUUCAGGUCGGAUGGGGACUUGCUUCGUAAUUGCUGAUGCAUGUGGAAGAGAUUCCAGUUGGUGAGUGAGAAUGUCAGGUUAGGAGAUGAGCUGUGAGAUGAUGACCCUACUUGAACUGGCCAGAUAUUUCCUGUGUCACUGCCUCAAGGAUAACAGGGAUCCCACAGCUCUGUGCUCUCCAUGAUUUUCUGGUGGGUGAAGGUGAAGCCUGAGCUGCUCCUGGGUUCUGAGGCAGGGAUCAGAACCCAGGAAGUUUGUAAUUUUUCUCUGCCAGUGCAUCUGGUUAAUAUUUAGUACUUUCAGUAAUGAAUUCUCAGAAGAUCUCUGGGAGGGGUUCUCCUUCCAUGGGCAGAGCCAUUGCUGUGCCAUGGUAUACAGAGGUAUCCACACCAACCCACUUAUUUCUGUGUCACUAUUGGGGUAUUCAGCCCAAACAGGCAGGCAGUUCGCAGGACAAUGAUACAUGCUCCGUCUGUUGUUCCCCAGCUGCACUCUUGCUACAGGUGCCACUAGUACUCAUGCUGUUGACACAGCAUUAUGCCAGUGGCAACAAAAUAAUUUCCAUCAUGGAGCAAAUCACUGCUCCAUCUAUUCCAGCCUUGAACAGUGGCCAAUGCCAGAGGCUGCAGAGACACGUGUAAGUUAUUUCUUCCUGAUCACAGCUGACCACUUUAUGCCCUGAAGCAUGAUAUUUGAUAACACUUGUGACUUUUAAACUUAGCAAGUGUAACUGCAGAUACUGUUCUUAUUCACAUACAUAACACUGAUUCGAAACUUUACUAAAGCUAGUUUGCUCAGUAAUGUCCAGUGGCAGAGAGUUCCACAGGGUAAUUAUACAGUUACUGGGACGAGAUACCAUGUCAGUUGAGAAAGGAAAAGAACUUUAAUUUCAACUGGACAUUGAAAAUCCUCAAACCACCAACCAUUGUGUACAAACAUUCCUGGUGACUUGGUGGAGUUAGCAAUAGAGUCUAACCUGCAGGUGUCUAGCAGACAGCAGCUGGACCUGGGGAGUGUAACAGGAAAGAUAUGGUGCCACCAAACUCAAUCUCCUUCUGGUAAUGGGGACAGAAGGGAAAGGAGGAACUCGGGUCCCAUGAACACACUUCCUUUUCCAAGACAUUCCUUUUCCUUGUUGCAAGGAAAAUCUUCCGGUGUCCUUGGGCUCUCUCUCAUUCUCCCACCUCCUGCUGUGCAGGUUCAUCUCUUGGACAUGUAGCUUUCUGCAAAGUCUGGCUGGAUCCUUCUAGGGGAUCUGACCUGCUGUGAGCACCAUAGAUCUUUACCUCCCAGCACCAUCAGCAGGGGAGCUCAUGCUACCUUCUACUUGUUCACUUGGGCUGGCAUUGCAGUUUACUCCUAGGUUAGUAUGGUGGGGAAGAAGAGAGGGGGGAACCUCCAGAUUAGCCCUACACCAGCAACAAAUGUUCAAGUUCAUUGUUUCCCUCCAGGAAAAAAACAAAAUGCCACUGGCCAGGACUCUGUCUAGUAGCUGAGCUUUUCUACAAUCAUUUCCUAAGUGUAAAUUAACUUCUGAUUUCAGGGGGAGGCAAUAACCUGCUGGGUUCCCAACCAACUGGCCCACCAGGUCAUUAAUUGGUUUGUAUUCUCUUUCGCAGUACGGGGCGGGCAGGCCCUGGGUCUCUCAGCUCUGAACAGACACUGCAAACAGGCUGACGUUAAUGGGGCAAACUCCGCUCUCAGGUACAAAUGCACGGCUCACAGUGUGUGCGUAUCUGAGGCCUGAGUUUGACACUGUUUUAUUAUUACCCAUUUGUGGCUCAAUCCUGCAGCAUCUGCAGCGGCAAAACUCCCAUCAGAGUCUCUCUUUCUUUCUUAAGCAUUUUUUAAUGCACCUACUGCAGGCAGCCUCUAGACACUAUAACACACAUUGAAAAGUAUCCGUUCUGUCUGAAAGGACAGUAACCUCCAUGUCUGGGAGUUUUACCUGCAUUAAAAACUGCAGGAGUGGAUCUUUAAUCCCAUCAGUGACUCCUGGUUCUGGGUGUUUGGGGCUAGUUUGCCCACCUUCCCCACCCUGGAAGUGCACCGGAAACCCCAGCAGCCCAUGGUUGUUAAUAGGAACAAUUAAACUGUUACCAGAGACUUUCAAAGUAUUUCGUAUUUAAUGCAAGGAAAUAAUUAGAUUUGCUUCCAUGAUUCCAUCCUUCCUCUGCAGGGAAGGGAUUAAUAUGCAUUCCCAGAUGAUCUCUAAGUGCAGCUCUGUGUAGUUGUUUCCCCCUCCUCCCCCCAUUAACUUGUUUUUGGUAAAAAUGCUUUUUUUCCAUGUGUAUUUUAUUGCAACUAGCAUCAAUUUUUUAAUUUUUUUUGUAUGGAGCGAUAAUGCUGGGUGACUAUUGUGGCUAUGUUGUUUGGUUAUAGCCUUUGAAUGUCUGUGCCAUGAGGUGGGACUGGUCUCAAAGGCCUGCAAACCUGCCUCAGUUUGAUCUUAAGGAAAGAUCAUUUGUUAAAAUGUAUGAACAUUCUUUUUUAAAAACAAAUGAAAAACCACAAAAAAAGGGGGAAGGAAAAACCCAAUGAAAAUGCAAUUUACUAAACUGUUUUGGUAACUAAUGGAAAAAUAAUAGGAAAUAAACUCUUGAAUCAGG